CCCUGGUUCUGGCCCACCUCAUUGAGAUUCAGUAUAAAUUGAAAUUGUGACGGAGGGGGAGUUGCAUUACUACAAAAAAAGUUGACAGCGCAACAAUCAGGCAGUGAAGCUCAACACUAGACAACCCAAGCAAGAGAAGAGAAGAGAAGAGAAGAGAAGAGAAGAGAAGAGAAGAGAAGAGAAGAGAAGAGAAGAGAGGAGACGACAAUCACACAAUCCUAAAGAUGGGUGAGAUGGCAGAUCCAAUCCAGUUUAAAGAUGAGGGGAACAAGCAUUUCCAAGCUGGUGAGGUGGACAAGGCCAUUGAGUGUUACACUAAAGCCAUCAAGUUGUGCACGGACAAAAAGGUUCUCGCCGUUGUCUACAGGAACAGAUCAGCCUGUUUUCUGAAAAAGGAAAGCUACACCAAUGCAGCCUCCGAUGCCUCCAAAGCCAUUGACGUGGAUGCAGCAGACGUCAAAGCCCUGUUCCGGCGCUGCCAGGCUCUGGAGAAGCUGGGCAAGCUGGACAUGGCCUUUAAAGACGUACAGAGGUGUUCCACCAUUGAGCCCAAGAACAAGACCUUCCUGGAGACCCUCAGGAGGCUGGGGGCUGAGAUCCAAGCCAAGCUGAAGACAAGCUUUUCCACAGACUCACGGGUUCAGAACAUGUUUGACAUUCUGCUUGAUGAGGAGAUGGACAAGGACAAGAAGGAAAUGGCUGCUAACAACCUGGUGGUUCUGGCCAGAGAAGAAGCUGGCGCAGAGAGAAUCUUCCAGAACAAUGGAGUGCCUCUGCUACUGGAUUUGCUUGAGACCGGAAAAGUAGAGAUGGUCCUGGCCGCUAUCCGCACCUUCGCUGGAAUGUGCACUGGACACAAAGCUCGGGCCAUGGCCAUUAUCCAUCUGGUGGGCAUAGACAAGUUGUGCAGCAUCAUGGCCGUCGACAACGAGGACAUCGCCUUGGCAACCUGUGACCUGUUCCAGUGCAUCAACGACUCCCUCACUGGAGGAGACCGGAGGAUUUAUGGGAAGGAGGAAGCUCUGGUUUUGGAUGCAAGCAAGGACUUGAAGAGCAUCCUGAUGGCCCUGCUGGAGAUGGUUGCCAGUAAGAAGGUUUCAGGACAUGGCAGAGACCAGGCUCUGAACCUGUUGACCAGAAACGUGCCUCGCAAGGACAAGAAAGACCCUGACCACUCCAAGAGCCUCUUUACUAUCGACCACGGUCUGAAGAAGAUCCUGAAGGUGUGUGGCCAGAUACCUGACCUCCCAGACCAGCUGCCCAUGACAGAGAACACUCAGCUCAUUGCCAGCGUGCUCCUCGACAAGCUCUGGGACGACCUGCGCUGCGAUCCCGAGAGAGACAACUAUAGGGAAGUCUGUGACGAGUACAUCAAAGGCAAGUUUGACCCCAACGACAUGGACAGGAACAUCCACGCCAUCAAUGCUCUGUCAGGCCUGCUGCAGGGCCCCUUCGAGGUGGGCAACCAGCUGGUGGGUCGCCAGGGCAUCAUGGAGAUGAUGGUGGCGCUGUGCGGCUCCGAGCGUGAGGUGGACCAGAUGGUCGCCGUGGAAGCACUGAUCCACUCCUCGACCAAGAUGAGCCGCGCCUCCUUCAUCAUCACCAACGGUGUGUCGCUGCUCAAAGACAUCUACAAGAAGACGAAGAACGAUAAGAUCAAAAUCCGUGCACUGGUGGGUCUGUGUAAGCUGGGCUCAGCAGGUGGAGAUGACUAUAGUAUGAGGCAGUUUGCUGAAGGCUCCACUGAGAAACUGGCCAAGCAGUGUAGGAAGUGGUUGUGUAACUCUGCCAUGGACACGAGGACCAGGAAGUGGGCUAUAGAAGGUUUGGCCUACUUAACCCAAGACGCUGAUGUAAAGGAUGACUUUGUUGAGGACGAUCCUGCCAUGAAAGCCAUGUUUGACCUGGCCAAGUCUAAAGAUAAGACCAUCCUGUAUGCUGUGGCCUGUACCCUGGUCAACUGCACCAACAGCUAUGAGAAGAAAGACAUCAUGCCUGAGCUGGUUCAGCUGGCCAAGUUCUCCAAGCAGCACGUCCCUGAGCAGCACCCCAAGGACAAGAAAGAUUUCAUCCAGAAGAGAGUGAAGAGGAUGCUAAAGGGAGGGGUCAUCUCAGCUCUCACUGUCAUGGUGAAAGCUGACAACCUUCUCCUGACUGACCAGACUAAAGAGAUGCUGGCAAGGGUGUUCCUUGCCUUGGCAGAUGAUCCCAAAGACCGUGGCACUAUUUGCGCCCAUGGAGGGGGCAAGGCUCUGAUCCCAUUGGCUCUGGAGGGAUCAGCUAUAGGGAAAAUAAGGGCCGCACACGCCCUGGCCAAGAUUGCUGCUGUCUCCAACCCAGAGAUUGCUUUCCCCGGAGAGAGGAUCUAUGAGGUGGUGCGUCCUCUGGUCAGCCUGUUGCACCCCGAGAGAGAUGGGGUGCAGAACUACGAGGCACUUCUGAGUCUCACCAAUUUGGCUGGUCUCAACGACAAACUGAGAGUGAAGAUCCUGAAAGAGAAGGCUCUCCCGGAGAUUGAGCAGUACAUGUUUGAGGACCAUGACCAUAUCAGACAGGCAGCCACAGAGUGUAUGUGCAACCUGGUGACGUGCAAAGAGGUGCAGGAUCGGUACCUGGAGGAUGGGAAUGAUAGGCUGAAGCUGCUGGUGCUGAUGUGUGUUGAGGACAAUGAAAAGCUCCAGAGAGCUGCAGCUGGAGGCCUGGCCAUGCUUACUGCUGCCCAGAAGAAGCUGUGCACCAAGAUGACCCUGGUGACGUUGCAGUGGAUGGAGAUCCUUCAGAGGCUGAUUCUCCAUGAUCAGCCCCAGAUCCAGCACAGAGGCCUUGUGAUCGUGUACAACAUGCUGAACUCGGACGACAAUGAGCUGGCCAAGAAGCUGAUGGAGAGCGAGAUCCUGGAGAUCCUGACAGUGAUUGGCAAAGCAAUGGACAACCCGAAGAGGCAGAUUGUGAUCGAUGUGGCACGCACCUGCCUGGUCAAGGCCAUGGACCUCGGCCUCAUCAAGCCCUUCACAACCCCAUCAUAAAGCAGUGUAUCUCAACUUCUCAACCAAGGUUUGGGAACCAGGGAAGGGCAUGCAAACGUGUUUCUCCUCCUUCAUGGACUACUUAAAUCUAAACUAGAACAUGAGAACUGGUUAAAUCUGCUGCUGGAAAGGUCAGUAACAUCCUAAGUACUGGUGCUGGUCCACGGAAGGGUUGAGAGGGAGGCAGGGAGAUGAGAUUGUUCCACAUAACGGUUAGCCUGGUCUGAGAUCUGCAUUUAGCCAACCCCUCUGACUAUCAUUGAUUUGUUGGACAUACCCAAACAUAGUCCAAGGAAUUGGCUAAAGCACACAGAUGUGGUCGCAGAUUGUCUGAGGUGGGUGGGGGGAGGGCGCAACAGAGAUAAAGCAGGGUCUGAAAUAAAGAACUGAAUCUGAAUAAGGACUAAUGCCUUUAUGAUAAUUAGAUCUGUACGUUUGUAUUCUGUUUAUUUGUUUGGAGAUUGUUUUAAACCAAUAUAAGCUUUUACAGCUGGAUGAUGUUUGAUGCUGUUUUAGCACAUUUCCGUUUAGUUAUUUAUAUUUUACUCAAUGAUAAAUAAAUUGACUUUUGGAAAAUAAA